AUGGCCUCGGAGCUGGCCAUGAGCGCGGAGCUGCCCACGAGCCCCCUCGCCAUCGAGUACGUGAACGAUUUCGACCUGAUGAAGUUCGAGGUGAAGAAGGAGCCGGCGGAGGCGGAGCGGCUGUGCCACCGCCUGCCCGCCGGGUCCCUGUCGUCCACCCCGCUCAGCACGCCCUGCUCCUCCGUGCCUUCCUCGCCCAGCUUCUGCGCUCCCAGCCCCGGUGGGCAACCGGCCCCCGGCCCCCCGGCUACCACCGCCGCUUCCCUGGGCUCCAAACAGCAGCUGGAGGAGCUGUACUGGAUGUCGGGUUACCAGCAUCACCUCAACCCCGAAGCUCUCAACCUGACGCCGGAGGACGCGGUGGAGGCGUUGAUCGGUGCCCCUCACCAUCAUCAUCAUCACCACCAAGGGUACGAGCCCUUCCGACCUCAGCCCUUCGGGGGUGAGGAGCUGCCGCCGGCCGCCCAUCACCAUCCCGGCCAUCACCACCAUCAUCAUCACCACCUACGCCUGGAGGACCGGUUCUCCGACGAUCAGCUGGUGAGUAUGUCCGUGCGGGAGCUGAACCGGCAGCUGCGGGGCUUCAGCAAGGAGGAGGUGAUUCGUCUCAAGCAGAAGAGGAGGACCUUGAAGAACCGAGGCUACGCUCAAUCCUGCCGCUACAAGCGGGUCCAGCAAAGGCACAUCUUGGAGAACGAGAAAUGCCAACUGCAGAGCCAGGUGGAGCAGCUCAAGCAGGAGGUGACCCGCUUGGCCAAGGAAAGGGAUCUGUACAAAGAAAAAUAUGAGAAGUUGGCCGGCCGGGGCUUCCCGAGGGAGCCCUCCCCAUCCGCCGCCCCGAAAGCCACCGCUGACUUCUUCAUGUGAGCCGGGCUGGUGGGAUGGGGUGGGAUCCCCCUUUUUGGUUUUUUCCUCAUGCGGGGAGAGCAAACCCGCGGCUUAUAUUAAAAACAAAAAACAAAAAAAAAAAAAAAAAGGAAAAAAAAAUUAAUAUUAUGAAAAGUCCCCACUGAAAUUUUGGGGAGGGGAAGUUGAACUCCCUCCUGCCACGCACCCACCCAUCGGGACUCGGGGUGGGGGGUCCCGGGGUGGGGGAGUGGGGGGCAGCCCUGCAUGCGGGACGUGUACGGCCACCCGCCCCCCUUCCCGGGAGCAUCGGCGCCAUCCAGGUGGCUUCUCCCCACCUUUUCCUGCGGGUUUUCCCCUCCAUUGGGAUUUUUAUUCUUCGAGGGAUCCCCACUGAUCGGCCGGGGGGGCCCCCGGCAGCGCUGCGCCCUGCCCGACCCCUCCGCCCACCCCCCAUUCCCGGCUGGCAAACCUGAGCCACAUUUAACUUAUUCACCCUUGUAAAUAUGUAGAAAAUUAGUUCGUUUUUGCCUUUUUUUUUUUUUUUUUCUUUUUAUUUUUCCUUGAGCCUAUAUUUUGCUUGGUGAUUUAAGAGAAAAAGAAAACGAACAAAAAAAAGAAAAACCAACAAAAAAACCCUAAAAUCCUUUAGAAAAGAGAAAAAAAAAAUACACGAGUCUUAAAAGUUUGUAUGUAAUAGCAUGCAAAUAAUAUCCGAGUUAAUUUAACGAUGUUGGGAAGAAGCCGAAUGCACUAUAUACAGGAAUCGAUUGGGUGAAAUAAUACUGUUUUAUAGAGAUUUAAAAUUAUCUAUGCUCUUAAAAAUAGUGGGGAGGGGAGGGAGGGGAAGAGGUAACAAUUUUAGGGUGACCUGAAAGGCAAUAUAGUAAUAUAUGGACUGCAAACGGUUGGCUGCUAUCUCACUAUGCACCAGAUUUAUUUAUUAACCCUCGGGAAACGGAAAAAUCUUAUUUUAACCUCGAUGUUUGGAGAGAAAAAAAAAAAACAAAAACAGACGUCAAGAAAAUGCACAUUAUUUGUUGUGGAAACGAGAGAAAAAAAAGAGGAUUAAGAAUUCGUGCAAUCGUUGGAGCGAAAGCGGGACCGAUCCUGCGCGGAGGAGCGGGGAGGGUUUGUUUGUUUGUUUUUUAACGAGUUGCUUAUUUAAAAAAGGAGAAAAAAAAAUUUAAAAAACAAAUUUUGGGGGGGGGGAAACAAAAGGGUCCUGCGGACAAAGCGAGCUUGGGAGCCUGGUGCAUUUUAGGGACUGAUCGUGCGAAGUGUUUUUAACGACCUGUUGUUUCGAUUUGUGACGGUUUUAACGAUGUUGCAUCAAGAUAAAAACUUAUAUUCAACUAGA